AGAGAGAGAGAGAGCAAUGGAUGAAUACAUGUGUACCAACAGGACUGCCAUAGAGCAUGAGGACUCUCUGGUGGUAGCCAGAGGUCUCACGGCAGCCGCUGGGAGCUCACUGACAACAGCAGCUGUCAUCUACAUCACAGUCCACCAGUCUUUCAGGACCCCACUCCAGAGACUGGUGCUGGCUCUGACACUGGCCACUGCCGUCAACCUGCUAGCUAUGACACUACAGAUACAUGUAGGGAGUGAGGUGUACUGUGCAGUCACGGGAUACCUAGUCCAAUUCACCAGCAGUGUCGGUGUGGUCUUAAUCACUGGCACUGUCUUAUACCUGUGGCAUGUCAUACGGAUGGCUGGCCGCCUGCAACGCACACACACACCCUCCCAGACCUCUCACUGGAUCGAAAUA